GUGACAAAGACCAGUUCAAUUGAGAAUGGCUUUGGUAAACAACGCAUUAAAAUGCUUGGUAAUCACGUUAGCCAUGGCGUCAUGCUCUAUGGCUGAUACUUGUACCAUAAACUCUAUCGAUGAAGUCGAUGACGUUCUAGCACGUUGUACGUCUGUAACUGUUGGCAGCUUUACAGUACCAGCAGGAGAGAGUCUCAUAUUGCAACCGCAAGAUGGAGCCUACGUCACUUUUACGGGGGAGAUCAAAUUCGAACAUUCUAAUUGGGCUGGACCCCUUAUGCAGAUUUGGAUUACAGAUGGUGUCAUAAAAGGCGACAGCAAUCAUUUAUUCCACGGGCUUGGAGAGUCAUAUUGGGGACAGGACGGUACUAAGCCGGUGGUUAUGUAUCUCCGAGGAGUGCACACCGCAUUUUCCGGAUUUAAAAUAAAGAAUUGUCCACAGAGAUGUGUUGCCUUGGACAGCUCUAGGAAUUCGGUCCUUUCCAAUUUUGUUAUUGAUAACUCAGAUGGCGUUGGCGUGGCGAAAAACACUGACGGUUUCGAUGUUGCCAAGUCCAGUGGUAUUACAAUUAAAGAUUCUGUGGUAACCAAUCAAGAUGACUGCGUCGCAAUUAACACCGGUUCGGACAUAUUGGUAGAUAACUUACAUUGCAUUGGCAGUCACGGGUUCGAUAUUGCUGCCGGGCAGGGUCACAGCAGCGGCAACACUGUCACCAACGUUACUUUCCAAAAUUCCAUAAUGUCCGGCGGUAUGGUCGGCCUUAGCAUGUUGUCUGUCGUUGAUGGUGGCACAGGGGAAAUAAGCAAUAUUAAAUAUAACAAUAUCCGAAUUGAAGGUCCGUCAGAUUAUGGGAUAAUGUUUCAUCAGGACUUUUCUAACGCCGCACAGGGCUCGACGGGUACCCCAGUAGGUACAAUCGUGUUCUCUGAUAUAACACUUAAUGACAUCACCGGCUAUGUUGAUGGCAAAUAUUCUGCCGGUGUAUGUCUAAGAUGUGCCGCAGGUUAUUGCGUCAACUUCAACUUUAACAAUGUCCAGAUAUCCGGGGGAAAAUACAAGGACGAGUGUAGCAUUCAGCCGAAUGGAUAUACUUGUCAUUAAUUUUAUUCUCCAAAUUUAAAUGAUCAGGUGUUAUUGUUAAUUAUCGCAACUAGUACAAAAAUCUUAUACCUGUUAUUGAAAGUUGAAUGUGCGCAAGA